UGUGUGUCAGUGCAUGCAAGAUUCCACUGACACUUCUCCCAUACCUGUCUUUUACCUAUUCCUAUUAUCUCAUUAACAUAGCUGUCUAAAAUAAUCUUUCAACUGAAAUAUAUUGUGUCGAAACCACCAGGAAAUCUUCCAAGAAAGCCAUGAUGAUCGUAGCUUCUGUUAUAGGUGUGGUCCUGGUAGCAGCCCUUAGUCAUGCCGCUCACGAGUGUGAGAGGACCUGUGAGGCUGGGGACACCCGUACUUGUUAUUAUACCUUCAACCUUCAGGAGUACCACACAAUGAGUCGUGCUUGCUUCAACUGCCCGUUUAACACGACUGACUGCUCCCGUCCUGAAUGUAUAGCCGCUGACGGUGUAGCCAGGCCUCUUAUUACGAUCAACCGCCAGCUCCCGGGACCAAGCAUACAAGUGUGUGAGGGAGACCGGGUGGUGGUGGAUGUGUACAACUGGAUGCUGUCGGACACUGAGACCAUCCACUUUCACGGGCACCACAUGAAAGAUUUCCAGUACUAUGAUGGUGUCCCCUUUGUCACUCAGUGCCCCAUCUUAGGCGGCUCCUUCCGCUAUAACUUCGUGACUACAAACAGUGGCACUCACUGGUGGCACUCUCACUCAGGUCUUCACCGAGGGAGUGGUGUGUUUGGUGCAUUCGUUGUGAGGGAGGUAAUGGACCCCAUGGCUUGGUCCUACGACGUGGACCUGCCCGAACACGUCAUCGUCAUGAACGACUGGAUCCACGUCUCCACCAUCGACAAGUUUCUUAACCGCUUUCAUUACAUCGGUGACGGCCAUGUUGAGAAUAUCCUCAUCAACGGCAAGGCCAGGAUAUUCGAAGCACAGGAGGGUGCAUCUACGCCAGUGGAGGUGGUGAAGGUAACGCCUGGACUGCGUCACCGUCUGCGUCUCAUCAACGCCGGGGGAUUCAGCUGCCCCAUGAUUGUCUCCGUCGACAACCACCAACUUACUGUCAUCAGCACUGAUGGGGUUCCCGUUGAACCAUACGUUGCUGAUUCCGUUGUUCUGUUCUCUGGUGAGAGGUUCGACGUGGUGCUGGAGGCAGACCAGCUGGUCGACAACUACUGGAUCAGGUUCAAUGGAAUCAUCCACUGCACCUAUCAUGAGUGUGUGCAAGGGGCGGUGCUACGCUACGACGGUGCUCCUGAGGAACUACCCACCGCCGCUCUAGUGUACGACUCCAACUACCCACCAGGAAUAGUAGUGAACCCCCUCAACUCACAUGGUACUGCCGAGGAGGAGGUAACCAUGGUUAAAAUGAACUCCUUCGAGCCUAAAGUCUUGGAAGAACAAGUCGAUAAGAAGUUUUACCUUGCCCUCAACUUCAAUAUUUGUGACAACCUUUAUUUUUCGAUUCUGAAUUUUACACGCUCAAAAUGA